AUGUCAUCUAGUGAUACUAAAAAUUCUAACAAGGAAGAAAAAACUGUUAUUCUGUUGAAAAAAACAUGUCCUUAUUGCGACAAGUCAUAUCAGUCAAAUCAAAAAGCCGUGAACCAUAUCGCUACCACUCAUAAGAAAAAAGUGGAACGUCUUUUCUCUGGUAACCGCAAUUUUGGUGUGUACAAUCAAAUGAACGUUCAAAAGUAUAAACGACUUGGCUACACCAUCGUGGUUCAAUUUGGCUGUGUCUCUUGUAAAGAGGCCUUCGUUAUGAAAAAAGAACUUGAAAAGCAUUGUGAUUUGAAACAUGUCGUGACAUCUCAACCUGAAAUUGGAAUUAUCACUGCACCAGACGAUAUCACCAAGCUAGACUGGAUUUUUUGUUGCCCAGACAAUGAUCAUCUUAUCUUUCAGAACAACAAUAUUACCAAGGGGUUUCACGACUUCUGCAAUUAUGUGAAAACGGUCAUUGAUGAACUGCAUCUCUUGAUGUAUGAAUCCCAUGUCCAGCACGUCUUGGCAUUGUCUUCAAUUCUUUUGUUAAAGCCAGCCCGCACCAACAGUGACCUUCACAAGUUUAUAGGACGUGAAAUAUGCGAAGACCUUAUUGAAUAUUUGCUGGGAGAAUAUGGUAUUCAGUCGUGCGAAUUUGACCAAUAUACUUGGCUUGCUGCUGAACAAAUCGUGAAGCCUAUACCCAAUGGUCGAAAUUGCCCAUAUUCAAUUGCCAAUGUCUUUAAAAGAACUUCCACUUUUUAUUACACAAGUCGACCAAUUGACAUUAAUUUCCUCAGCCUUCUGGAGCUUGUGCGUUGA